AUGGCCUCGGAGAUGCGUGCAAAGGACAGCGCAUCCUCUGACGAUGAAGAGAAGGCUGUACGUGAAUUCCUACCAGACAACAAAACGAAUGGCGGAUUGUUGACAGCUCCACAGGACACAUUCGAGGACGCCGCCGAGUCCACCCCGAGACCCUCCACCGCCCGUUCCCCCGAUGCAUCUCCGCGCACAGAGCCGAUCGAGGAAGAUGUGGACCCUAUCAAGAAGGAUACAGAGUUGAAACCGCUUGAGGAGGUGGACCCUAUCAAGAAGGAUACAGAGUUGGAACCGCUUGAGGAGCUCCGGCCAUUCCUCACCUACACCUCAGGCCGCACAGCGCUUGUCCGGUUCCUUCACUAUCCCUUUCCCACCGCCGCCCUCCUCGGCCGAGAGGAAACUCGUCGCAAUACAGCAACGUCAAUGGCAUCUGUCGAUGUGAAGCCCAGUCUGCAGGAUCAGUUCUCUCAGCUUCGUCGAAAGGAAGAGUUUGGAGCGGCAGAGACAAAUGGCAAUGCAUUGCAAGAGGAAGACGAGGAUGAAGGUGCGGAGACAAAGAUACCUCAAAGUCCUACAAAGCACGAGAACGAGGCACGGCCAAACAGGGCAGCAUCAGAUCCCAAGCUGCCGCCCGGAACGGCUUCAGGGAUGACCGCCGGACCGGCGUUGGAACCACAAGAAGUCAAUUGGGAUCUAUGGCAGCAGGUUGUGUACGAAGGUCCUACUGCAGUGGCCAGAACAAGCGGCGAAGAGCUCAAGCAGGCCAUCAAAAAUGGUAUCCCACCAGCGAUUCGAGGUGUCGUAUGGCAGGUCCUGGCUGGAAGUAAGAACGAGGAGCUUGAGAAUGUCUAUCGUACGUUGAAAGCUAGAGGCUCGACGCCAGAGAAGCCCAAGCACGCUCGUUCUGGCUCGAACCUCACACUGAAUGGACGAAGCUCGCCCACGAAGAGUAGUCGAGUAACUUCGGAUGCCUCCAGCGACCACUCGGAUCGGUCAGCGAAGUCCAGCCUAGCCAGUCCCACAUCGCCAACCGAGACGAACGCGGCAGAGGUCCAGACCAAACUACUCGAGGAGAAGAACAAACGAGAAACCGCCUCAUUACAGAAGCUUGAGAAAGCCAUCAAGCGUGACAUGGGUUCCAGAACAUCUUACAGCAAAUACACGCAGUCGGCAGGCCUGCAAGACGGGCUCUUCGGAGUAUGCAAAGCCUACGCGCUCUUCGACGAAGGCGUGGGGUACGCGCAAGGAAUCAACUUCAUCACUAUGCCCCUCCUAUUCAACAUGAGCGAAGAGGAGACCUUCACCCUGCUCGUCCGCCUCAUGAGCCAUUUUGACCUCCGCAGCCUCUUCACCGCCGAUAUGCCUGGCCUGCACCUCCGACUCUACCAAUUCGAGCGCCUUCUCGAAGAUUUUGAACCUGCAAUCUACUGUCACCUUCGCCGUCGACAAGUCACACCACACCUCUACGCCACGCAGUGGUUCCUCACUCUUUUCGCCUACCGCUUCCCACUCCAGCUCGUUCUCCGCAUCUACGACCUCAUCCUCUCCGAAGGCCUCUCCGCCAUCCUCAAAUUCGGCAUCGUCCUCAUGCAACGCAACCGCACCGCCCUUCUCGAAAUGAAAGACAUGUCCCAACUCACCAACUUCCUCAAAGACAAACUCUUUGACGUCUACAUCGACAAAUCACCCUCGGCUUCCUCUCUCCUCGAUUCCGGCUUCUUCGGCUCCGUUUCCGGCGGCGCCGACAAGGAGGUCUACCGCGCCGACGACAUUGUGCGCGACGCGUGCAGCAUCCCCAUCGAUGAAGCCCUCCUCGCGACUUAUACCGCGGAAUGGGAAACCACCCAAAAAACCGACCGAGCCCGUGAAGUCGAGCUCGAGACUCUUCGCACCACCAACGCCUCCCUCACAAUACAAGUCAAGACCCUCGAAGAGCGCAGCAUGCAACACGACAACGAGCACGUAACCAUCGCCCAGGACAUCGUGCGCAUCAAAGUGGAAAAUGAUGCACUUCAGGAUGCAAAGGAGGCGUUGGAGUUCCGCGUGGAGGAGCUGCAGAAGCUGGUGGAUCGACAGCCGGCGGAAGUGGAGGCCAAGUUGAAAGACGAGAUGGAACGGAUCAUGGCGCGGAAUAUUGAGGUGCAAAAUGAGAAUCGGGCACUGAGGGAGGAAAUGGAUGAGACGGAGAUGGAGUUGGUCAAUGUCAAGAUGGGGUUUGCGCAGCUGCAAUCGGACCACGAUUCGUUGAAGCAGAAGUGGCAGAGUGUUCAAGCCAUGCUGAACGGGAAGUGA